UAAAAUGUAAUUUCACUGGGUUUUGUCGACGCAGCGCUGCUUCGGGUGGACUCUUCAUGAAGUUGUGAACCCGGUUCAAACGAAACCAUGCUGAAAUGGUUUUCUGGCGAAGAGGGAGAGCCGGGCCCUGGAGGCCCGGGCUCUCCCCACAGGGCUGCUGCUGCUGCUGCUGCUGCUGCUGGUGCUGGUGGAGAGGUUGCAGUAGAAGAAAUGGCAGAGAGGCUGGCCCAAACCGAGCAGCUCGUCUCUCAGCUGAAGGAGAUGAUCCGAGAAAAGGAAGCUGCACUUCGCUCCAAAGAUGACCAGCUCAAGGUGGAGAAGGAGGCAUGUGAGGCCAAACUGUCAAAGCUGCGUCUGCAGAAUAAAGCCAAGGUGACCUCCCUCACAUCACAGCUGGAAGAGCUGAAGAAACAGCAGGGAGGUCCCGGCACGCCAACACACAGCAAGAAGGGUUCAUCAGAAGGAGGAGAUCAAGCCAGUCGGGGCAAGAUUGUCUUGCUAAAGAAGAAGGUCGAAGAACUGGAACAGCAGCUUGCACAAAGAGAUGAGGAACUGGAAAACAAGAGGAGGGAGCUGGAGUCACAGAGGCAGCGAGGCGAGGAAAUCGACGCUAUGCUGACAGAGAAGGACAGAAAGCUGGCAGAGAAAGAGGCCUACAUUGUCCACCUGCAAACAGCACUGGCAGGCGAUCAACCCAUCACACCUGCACCACAGCAAAAGGUGGUGGAGGACACUGGAGCGAUGCAGGAGCUGCAGCUGCUGGUUCAAAGCCUGACCAAGAAAGUGGGAGAAGCAGAGGAACGCUACAGUUUGCUGCAGGAGCAGACAGACAGCCUCAAAGACCUGCUGUCCACAGAGAAGGAACAGUACAACCAGAAGGAGAACAUGUACAAGCAGAACAUCCAGACAUUCAAAGACAUCAUCAUUCAGAAAGAUAACCAGCUGAUGGAGAUCAACCAGAUGCAUGAACAGGAGCUCUUCAAGCUGGCAGCAAAGUCAGAUGCCAGUGCAGACCUGGAGCAGCUUCUGAAGGCUCUAAAACAGAAGCUUCAUGAGAAGGAGGAGGUGCUGCUGGGUAAGACCCAGGUCAUCGAUGUUCUCCAGGGAGAGGUGGAUGGCAGGGACCAGCAGAUAAAGGAGCUCACAGAGCGUCUGCGACGGCUACAGGUAGAAAGAGAGAGCCUUGAAUCCAAGAUGGAGGCAGAGAAGCACGUGAUGCGAGCACAACUUCGCGACCUGAUGGAGAAGCAACAGGCGGAGGUGAAGCGAAUCACUGAGCAGCAUCAAGCACAGAUGGACCAAACCCAGCAGGAUCUCCUGAGGCAGCUGGAGGAGAUGAGGAAAGCCUCGGUGGCAGCACCGCCUGCCAGUCAGGAGGCCGCAGGAAGUGGAAACGUGCCCACUGAUUCAGCCUCCAUCCAGAGGAUAGCAGAGCUGGAAGCUCAAGCAAAGCAAAAAACAGACGAAGCCAGCAGAUCCGAGGCCAAGUUUUUAAAAAUGAAAGCCUGGUCUAAAUCUCGAAUCAGACAGCUGGAGGAAGAGUUAAAGAAAAGCCAGGCUGGAGUUGCCCCACCAGACCUGACUGCCCUGCGGAGUCGUAUCACAGCACUGGAGGAGGAGAGGGAGGAAAACCUCUGGAAGGUGGAGCAAUAUGAGGAGCUUAAAGCAAAGAAUGAAAUGCUGGAGGCUAAGCUGGUGGUGUACGAGGAGCAACAGAGGACGCUGCAGGCCGACCUGGAGCAGUUCACCAAGAGGGCUGCUUCUCAGGCCAGUGAGUCGGGCAGUGCCGAUGACACUCAGAGCCAGGUGCUGGAGUGGCAGGAGAUGGUGGCCGAGGCAGUCAGUGCCAGGGACCGGGCCAGGGAGGAGAAGGCCGCCAUGGUGCUCCGCAUCAGCCACAUGGAGGAGGAAAGAGAGGGACUGAUUGAGGAUGACUGGUUCUUUCCUGGCUGCUCCGAUCCAGCACUGGCCACUCGGCAGCAGGAGUUGGAGGAGGAGUUGGCUCAAUCUCGGGGGCUCGGCCAUCACAGGGUCAAGAAGCUGGCAGCUCCGGCCCAGCGGAGCCUGCAGGAGGACUUUGAGUUUGACAGCCAGGCCUCGUUCCAGGACCCUCGGAGCACCUCGGAGAGCACGACCCCGAUGGAGGGCGAGAACAUGGGAGAUGGUUUGCGGUCUGUUGUGGAGGAGCUGGAGCUGGAAAGGAACCAGCUGCAGGAGCAGAUACUGAGCCUGGAGGAGCGCUGCCAAGACCUGGAGGACCGACUGCAGCUGCAAGCACGCAUAGAGUCAUUACAGGUGACGUUUGAUGUAGAUGAAGAUGAGCUGCCAUGUUGGGUCUCUCAGAACGAGUCAGAGAAACUGCAGAGCCAACUGGCCAGUGUGAGAACCCAACAGAGCAGAGAGGCAGAAAAGCAUCAGCUGCUGGUUAGCAGUUUGAACGAACAGCUCAAAGGGCUGAGUGACACUCAGGAGUGUCUGGAAAGCUCCCUCAUUGAGAAGGAGAAUACGUUGGCCAAGACAUCAGAGAAACUCGAGCUCAUCAGCAGCCUUCGAGAAUCACUGAGUGAAAAAGAGACUCAGUACAAAGAGCUGUCUGAGAAGCUCCUUCAGACUGAGCACAACCUCGACAGCACUUCCAAGAAGUGCAGCAGCUCGGAGAAACAGUGUUCUGAGUUUAGGGCAGAAGUGGCCGACCUCACGCAGAAGCUGAGUGUGCUGAAGGAGAAGACACAAAAACAAGAAGCAACAAUCGAAACGUUGCAAGCCGAGCUGGAUCAGACAAACGAGGAGCUGGACAAACUAAACGGCGCCCACUUGGAAGAGCGAGCUCAGCUCAUUCACGACCUUCAGAGCUGUGAGCGGGAAAUUGAUAGUCUUAAAGAUGUUCUGUCGGAAAAGGACAAGGAGAUCUCAAUCCUCACUGGGAACAUGGCUGAGUAUGCAGAACAGGUCACCGUGCUAAAGCAGGAGAUCAAAGUCAAAGAAGAGAGCCUGGUCCAGGUAGAAAACGCUCUGAGUAAGGCAGAGCGGGAGGCCAUGAUUAUCAGAGACUCACAGAAUUCAGACCAGCAAGCCCUGAACAGUAAGAUGACAGAGCUGGUCGGGAAGCUCAAGGACACUGAGAUGGAGUUAGUGAAGGCCAAAGAGGAAAGAGAGUCUAACGGGACUGAGGUGGAACAUCUGAUAAAACAGACUGAGGAGGAUAAGAAAACUAUUCAGGAGCUUCGAGGGGAGAUCCAGAAACAGACUGUGAGCCAUCGCAAUCAUCUCUCUGAAUGUGAAACACACAUCACUUCACUGAAGGAACAGCUGACGUUAUCUGCACAAAAGCUACAGGAGUCGGAGGGACUGGCUUCGCAGCUCAAGGACAGAAAUACCAGCAACGAAAAACUACAGCAAGAGUUAAAUGAUAAAGAACAGAUGUAUGAAAAAGAGCUGAAAUCCUCCAAGGAGGAACAAAACAAGCUUUUAGCACAGGUGGAGAAAUAUAAUAGUGAUGUUCAGACACUGUCCAAACAAUUAGAGGAGCAAGUGCAGAGUGAGGAGCACGUCAAAAAGGCCAUGCAGGAGAAACUGGAAACCAUAGCUUCACUGGAAAAUACGCUGAAGGACGAGAGGCAGAAAUUCAACACAGAGCUGCAAGACCGGGAUGCAGAAAACAAGAAAUUGAGCAACGAAAUGCAAAACAAGUCUGAAAACAUCUCCAAACUCAAGAACCUCUUAAAAAACACGAAGGCUGAAAAACAGCAGCUGCAGGGAAAGCUUGAAGGGCUGAACAAGGAGUCUGACCUGCAGAAGCAGAAUGUAACUGAGCUUAAUGAAAAAGUUACAUCUGCUCUUGAACUUAACGGCAGCCUGGAGAAUCAAGUGCAUUGCCUUACAAAAGAGAAAGAGAGGCUAGAAGUGGAGAUAACCGAGCGCGUGAAAAACAUUUCAGAGGUUACAGCCGAGAUGGAGUCGCUGCGAGAAAAAAUAUCUACGAUGGAGACGCAGCAUUCAGAAAAUAACAAAAUCAUUCAAGGGCUACAAAAAGAUAAAGAUGAGCUGACUGCUCGAACUGUUGAGCUAAAUCGAGUUCUCGAGCAAAGCACACACUCAAACUCAGAGAUCUUGCUGGCAAAAACUAAUGAAUGUAGUGAUCUUAAUCAGCUACUCAGGGAGAGGGAGGAGAAGGUGACGCAACUGCAGGAACAAGUGCAGGGUUUGACUUCUAAGGUGGAGCAGAUGCAGCAUGACGUGGCAGAAAAAGAACAGACAGCCGCUGAUCUUCAGGCACAAAAAGAGGCCCAACAAAAUCAGCAGACACAGCUUCAGGAGACACUGGAUCUGCUUCGGGAACAAGAACGCAGUCUGAAGUCUGGGCUGAUGGAAAAUGAUGCAAAGCUUAAACAGACACAGGAGGAAAUGACAAAGCUACAAGCUGAGGCUGAAUCGCUCAACGAGGAACGCUCACAACUCAGGCAGCAGCUUGUUGAGAGAGAACAAAUGCUGAUAAAUACAACAGAGCAGUGUCAGAAGCACAAAGAUGAGCUGAAUGAUACCAACAAGACUGUUAGCAUCAUGGAAGAAAACGCCAGAAAGCUUGAGAGUGAAGCCGAGCGGCGGCAAACGGAGCUGGCUAGCUUAAACAGCCACGUCCAGGCUCUCGCUGAGGAAAACCGCCAACUUCAUGCUGCCUGUGAGCCCAGAGAGAAGGAGCUUUCUCAGCAAACACAGGCUGUAUCUGACCUCCAAGGGCAGCUUAAAGCAAUUCAUGAACAGAACUCCAGUUUUAGCACGAAGAUUAGCAGCCUGACGGAGGAUAAUCAAAGACUACAGGAGGAGCUAGCAACGAACAUUAAGUCUGUUUCUGAACUAACUGCUGAGAGAAAUUUGCUGCAGGAUAAAAAUUCUGGUCUUGAAAUUCAAAUCUCAGACAGUCGGAAAAUAAUCGACGGCCUGCUGACGGAAAAAGAAGAGCUAACUGUUGCAGCAGACGAGUUAAAUAAGUCGAGCUCUGCAGGUCUGCUCGAGAAAACAAGUGAAUGUAGUAAUUUGUUGAAAGCGCUAAAAGAAAGAGAGGAACAUCUUCAGAGUUUACAAGAGCAUGUUAAUGGCCUAAAUGUGCAAGUUAGUCAGCUGAGCACAUCCUUGAGUAUCAAAGAGCAAACAGUGUCAGAGCAGAGUUCACAGCUGUUGCAGCUUCAGGACACUAUAUCGAUGCUUCAGGAGCAGGGAGCUGUUCUGAAAUCAGGCCUAAUGGAGAAAGACACCAUGUUUCAGCAGAAAGCAGAGGAGUGUAGUGUUUAUCAGAAUGAAGUCACGCUACAGAAAGAGCUCAUAUCACAGGCGCAGGCUGAGGUGGAGUCACUUCGGCAGGAGUGCUCAGAGGCAAAACGGCAGAUCGAGCAAAAAGAACAGGCAUUAAAAGAAGUAACAAACGAGUUUCAGAGCCACAAAGAUGAGCUGAAUAAACGAAAUGAGUCGGUGAUUUCACUCAGCAGCCAGCUCGGGGCCAUGAAUGAGAACGCUGCAGAGAUGGAGGCUGAAAUUGCCAACCUAAAAGGGUCUGUGCAGAAACUCACUGCAGAAAAUCAGCAGUUGGUGCAGGAGGAGGGCCAGAGAACGGCAGAGAUCGUCGAUUUUAAAGACAGCAUUCAGGCGCUGAAUGAGCAGAACACAAGGCUGAAAUCUGAGCUGCAGAAAAGGAUAGCAGAGCUGUCUAAAGCACACGAGCAAGUGAGUGACAGAGAGAACGAACUCAAAAUGGCACUUUCAGAGAAGGAGACUCUUAACACAGGCAUGCAAGGGAAAGAAAAUACCCUGAAACAACAGGAGAGUUUGAUCCAGCAGCUCAACAGUGCGAUUGCAGAUCAGGCGGAGCAGCUGAAGCAGAAAGCAGACGACAAUGUGAGUUUGCAAACACGAGUUUUAGAGCUUGAAGAUUCUUUGUGUAAACUCAGAGGUCAGGUCGAGAGUCUUUCUUCAGAGUCAUCCACGCUGAAAAAUACUUUGGAGAAAAGCGAGCAGUCGAGUCUUGAAUAUCAAAGUCAUUCAUCCGCGGCUGUUGAAAAGUUGAAUUCUCAUCUACAAGCCAAAGAGGCAGAAUGUGAGAGCAUGAAAGAACAGAUUUCACACCUUGAAGAAUCUGUCGCAAAGCUCGACAGCAGCCUCCAAGUGCAGAUUUCUGAAGUGGAAAAUCUCAAAAAGACCUUGGAAGAAAAAGAAGCAGCACUUUUGGAGCAGUCAAAGUCUCUUCAGGAUGUUCAGAGAAGAGCAGAUGAGGCUUCACUCUUCAAAGCUCAGUUCAUGGAAAGCACAGAGUUGGUGUCGCAGCUACAGAAUCAAAUCCAGUCACUGUCCGUCGAGUCUGAAAACCUCAACAAGUCUGCAGGUGAAACGCAAAGUGCCUUCAACAACCUGCAAGAGAAAUUCGCCGCCAACUUAGAGGAGUUACAGGAUGUGAGAAAGCAACUCUCCCAAAGGACGGAUGAGGUGUCCAGUCUUCGGGCGUCAUUGGAGGUCUCCAAUAACGAACACGAGACAGCAAAGACCACCGUAGAAACACUGAGAAACGAGUUGUCUGUGAUCCAUGACAAACUGGGUAAAACCGAAGUCUUGAACUCCAGUCUGUCAAAGGAAAAGGACGAGGCUUUCGCUUCCCAUCAGUCAAGCGUGUCGCUGCUGACUGUCGAAAUAGAAAGACUCAAAUCACAACACCUCCAGGUCGUGGCACAAAUGAACGCGCUGACGGAAAACCUCGAGCAGAGAGAAAUGGCCCUCCACGCGAUUAAUAGCCAGUACACAGCUCAGGCGAAACACGCAUCGCAGCUGGUUUCAGAAAUGCAGAAGCUAGAAGAGCAAAACAAAAGGCUAAACGAGGAGAUUAGCGUGUCAAAGGAAGAGCACCGGAAGCUUCAUUCUUCCGUCAGUAGUGAAAACACGCAUUUGCAAGAAGAAGUCAGGAAGCUUCUUGCAGAGAAGGAAGAGCUUCAUCUGAAGUGGGCGUCGCAGGGGGAGCUGCAGGUUCAGAUGGAGCAGCAGUCCAGCGGCAUGAAGGAAAUAAUGGAGAAAAUGGCGUCCGAGAAGCAGAGCCUUCAAGCAAAGGUUAGUGCCAAAGACGAAGAACUUUCUCAGUUAAAAGAAAGCGUUCAAAAGAUAGAACAAAUUCUGCAGGAUUCUGAGAGAGAGUGGCUGUUAGUUCUAGAUAGGGAAAAGCAGGAUAGGAAUCUACUGGCAGAACAGCUGACAAGUGUUGAGAAUGAAAUGAAGUCUAAAGAUGUUAAAGUUAAUGCUUUGAAACAGGACUUGGACAGUUUGCAGGAGAAAUUAGCCGAGGCUUCCUCCGCAAUAAGGCAUGGCUCUGAUCAACUGAGCGCUAAAGAGUUGGAGGCGUCAGCAUCCAGAAUUCAACUUGAGACGAUGUUAGCAUCUAUCCAGGAAAAGGAUAAUGAGAACCAUCAUUUGCAGCAGGCUCUGAAAGACGUGGAAGAUGAGUUACAGAAACUUUUAGCUGACAAAGAUUUGUCUGUCUUGCAACCAUCAGCGUUUGAAAGCUCCGCUGCCUUAAAUGGAGAAAAGUCCUCUUUGCAGGAAAUGGUAAAACAGUUAAAAGAAAGGCACCAGUCUGAGGUAGACGUUUUGAAAAACGAGUUGCAAAAAACACAGAAUAUAUCUAACAAAGGAGAGCGGAGCAAUGAGGAGAAGGUUCAGCAAAUUUCUCUUUUGCAAGAGACAGUAGAGCAUUUACAAACUCGGCUCGAUGCUGAAGUGGAGAAAAUGAAAGAAGCUGCUGCAAAACACUCGUCUUUACAUUUUGAAUUGCAAGCAAAAGAUGAACAAAUCAGCUGUAUGAGCAUUCAGAUAGAUCAGCAGAAGGAGCUACUUGCUGGACUCAGCCAGCAGUUAAAGGAAAAAGAUGCAUCCAUCGCCCAAGUCAUGGAGUCCGCCUCGAAUGAGAGAAUGAAACUGGGUGAGGAGAACAGUUCUCUAUUAGCACAUUUAGAGAGCAUGAAAACCGCAAUGAAGAGGCUUGAAGAAGAUAUUUCAGGCUCUCAAAGUGAAAUCGAGACCAAGAAUUCAGAGAAAGUCAAGCUGAUUAAAGAGAAAGACGACCUAAAGAGUGAGCUCGCUAAGGUUUCUAAAGAAAAAGAUGCCAUGAAGAAGAAGCUUCAAGCUGCUCUGGUUGUGAGAAAAGAUCUGCUGAAAAGAAUAGACGAAUAUGAAAACCAGAAAGAAGAGAGUAUGAACAAUAAAAGUGAGAUUUCACUUUUAGAGGAUAAGUUAAAUGAAAUAACCAAUCAAGCUCAAGCUGCAGAAAACAUGUAUGAAGAAAAUGUUUCCCUUCUUGAAAAGAAAAUUCUGGAGAAAGAUGGAGAGAUUCUCGAACAGAAAACAGAAAAAGAAAGACUUGUGGAGCAAUUACAGUCAGAAAAACAAAGACUGGAAACCACAUUAAACGAGAAGGAAGUGAGUUUGUGUGAAACAUUGCAAACACUUGGUGACAAAGACUCCAUCAUCGAGCAGCUGCAGUCCAGUGCUGCUGGGAAGGACGAAGCUUUCGAGCGAGACCGAAAUAGUUUGAUGCAGAAACUAGAAGAGCUUCAAAAUGAAAUCAAGACGUGUAAAGAUGAGUUAAAGGACAAAUCCUCCUCCAGUGCCAGCGCUGUUGAUUUGGAAAAUGAACUUGCACAGAUGAAGCUAGAAAAAGCAACGCUGCAGAAAAAGGCUCAGGCUGCUUUGCUGGCACGCAAAGAGACGAUGAAGAAGGCUCAAGAAAACGAAAAGAAAUUAAGUCAAGAACUCGCUGAGCUGAAAGACGACUACAAGGCCCUUUUGGAACAACACUGCCAGCAGACAAACGAGCUCAACGCUGUCCAGUUGAACUUCGAUGAGAAGAUCAGGGAGCUGGAAGACCUCCAUAGAACCUCUUUGUCUUAUCUGGAUGAACUGGACACUUUGAGGCAGCUUGUUGAAGAGAGAGAUAAAACUUUACAAGACUUGAAGAUGUCUUUGGCUGAGAAGGAGAGCCAGUGCCACUCUUUGUCGAGCUUGCAAACGGAGCUGGAAACUGUUAAAUCCAGAUUUGAGAGCGUUUCUCUUGAGAUGGCAACUAAAGACGAAACUCUCGUAGUCAUGGAGCAAAGAGCAGAAGCUCUGAAAUCAAAGCUACACGUGGUAGAAAAUGACUUGGAGAAAGCCGAGGCAGAAGUAAAGGAGAAAGUGACAGAAGUUGAGAGAUAUCAGGAAAACACCCAACAGGAGAAUCAAGCAUUAUUAAAUAAAAUCACGGCUUUAGAGACCCAGCUAGGCUUCUCUGAGGAGCAUAAGCAUGCCAGUGAGGACAAGUAUCAGAUCAUAAUGAAAGAAAAGGAGUCUCUUGUGGAGCAAAUUAAUCAGAUGAAAGUGGAACUUGAGGCAGCAGCUGCUUUAGUUUCGCAGAAAUGUUCAGAUGUUUUAGCCAUCCAAAAGCUGUUAGAGGAAACACAGCAGCAGCUCAGUGAGGACAAAGGGCUUCUGACUCAGGAGCUUGAAAAUGCCCAGCUGCAUUGCACUGAAACACAGAGGAAUUUGGAUUCACUGAAGCACGAAAAAGAAAACGCCUUCAAACUGAUCAAUGAACUGCGAGACGAGGUGACGACGCUGAGCAAGCAGCUGAAGGAGAAAGUAAACGAGCAGCUGCACGAGAAAAAACCUGAAAUAUGCAACACGCAGGAAGAAGGCGUCUGUUUUUCUUGCAAAUGUGCCGAAAACUUUGAAGUGAAACUGAAGGAGAGAGACGAUGCCUUGUUAGUUUCUCGGGCUCAAGUUUCAGAAAAGGAAGAACUGAUUGCUGCACUUGAACUGCAAUUACAACAGCAAACUAAAAUGCACGAAAUUGCUGUUGAAAAGAUGAAAACAGAUGCUGAUGAGCUUCAAAAAUCUCGAGACGAUGGCACCAGAGUGAGCGAUCAGGAUAACCAAAGCAAAAUCGCUCUUCUAACCAGGAAACUUCAAGCAGCUUUAGUUUCGAGGAAAGAACUCUUGAAAGAAAAGGCUGCGUUCAAAGACGAAGUAGAAAAGCAGUCGGCGAGAUGUGAAGCGAAAGAAGCCGAGUAUUUAGCUCUGGAAUCGUCAGCGUUGAAACUGAAACAACAAAAUACGGACCUGGAAAGCUCCGUGUCAUCCAUCGGCAAAGAGAAAGACAAACUCAGCGCUGAAGUCGAUCGCAUCCUUAAUGAUAAUCGCAGUCUGUCUGCAGCCUGUGAAAGUUUGAAACUCACCAUAGAGAACAUCACUCAGCAGAAACAAGCGUUUUCCUGCCAGCUUGAAUCUCUUAAAGACUCUCAAACGGAGGAGCUGUCCAAGUGGAAGUCAAAGCACGCAGAGCUGAAACAAGAGUACGAGUCUCUCUUACAAGCUUAUGAAAACGUCAGCAGUGAAAUGGAUAAGAUGAGGCAGCUUUUGGAGGGGGCUAAAAGAGAGAGGCAGGAGGCCCUCCGGAAAAUACACAAACACGAGACUGAGAUGGAGAAUCUGGAGAAACAAGCCCGAGAGAUGGAGGAGGAAAAUGAAAGAAUUAAAGAGAGGAUGCAGAAAUAUGCCAAAGAGAAACGGCUGAAGAUCGAAACGCUGGAGGAAGAGAAUCUGAAAAUUAAGAAAGAACUGACUGAGGUGGAUGGAAACCACAAAACGGCAAUGUGUGAGCUCAGUGAUAAUAACCAGCAACUGGAAGCUGAGAUUUGCCAACUGAACGAGUCUUUAGAGGAUCUCAGAGGGAAACUUACUGAGGCGCAGGCUGAAAAUAGCCAACUGGCAGCAAAGCUUGAAGAGGCUAGCUGUUCACUGGAGAGGAGGAACUUGGAUUCAAAUACGUACACAAACAACAUGCAGCUUAAACUCGAUGAAGCACUCGGUUUGAAUAAUUCCCUCACCGCCCAGAUUGAGGCCCAGAAAACAGAGCUUGGUGCUCAGUUGGAAAUCAACAAAUUGUUACAAAAGGAGAAGCAAAAUCUGUCAGAGAGAAUCGAGAAGAUACAGAAUGAUCACGAGUUGCAGUUGGGGAAGAAAGAUGACGCCAUUAAAGAGCUCAAAGACGUUAUUAACAGAAACAGCCAGGACACUAUUAGCCUGAACGAGAAGGUGAGAAUCUUAGAGGACGACAAAUCUCUUCUGCAGGAGGAGCUCGAAAAUGCUCAAGAGAUCUCAGACAAAGUCAAAAAUGAAAAUGAAUAUUUGGAAACUGUGAUCAUCAAGAACUCUGAAAGAAUCGAUGAACUGACCGAGUCCAUAAAUGGUUUGCAAUCUCAAAACGCACAACUGACCUCUCAGCUCGCAGCAAGUAAAGAGAUGAGUGAUCGAGUUCGCCAAGAAAAAGAACAGGAGCAGCUCAAGUUGGUCAGAGAGCUGGAGGAGAAACUGAAGACAGUUCAGAGAGGCAGCGAAGGCUCCAAGAAUGUGAGAAAAGAGCUGCAAGAGCUGCUCAAAGAAAAGCACCAGGAGAUAAAUCAGCUGCAGCAAAACUGCAUCAGAUACCAGGAGCUGAUUUUAGAUUUAGAGAGCUCUUUGAAGAGCUCGCAUUCAGCCUGCGAGCACUUGGAGAAAGAUCUGAAGAAAAGUGCAGAGAAAACAUCAGUUUUAGAGGAGAGGAGUAAACAAGUCGAAGCUGAGGUCAUUGCGCAGAAGAGUCUCCUCCAGGAGGCCGAAGAAAAGAUUCAGAGUGUUAGGUCUGAAAGAGACCAGCUGGCUCUUCAGAUAUCACAGCAAAAUAAACAGGCCGUGGAGAAAACACCACCAAACGUAGAGGAAGCACAAAUAAACUCUUACAUGGAGAGUCAGUUUGUGUUGCAGCAACAGAUAGAUGACCUCAAGGAUUUAAAAGACAGAGAAACACAAAGAGCUGAUGAACUGAGGCAGCAGCUUGACUCUCAAGACCUGCAGAUAAAUACUCUGAAGAGAGCAGCCGAGUCUAACGAAGCAAAGCUGUCUGCUCUGUGUUCCACUCCACAUGGGGCCGAUGCUACCAAACUGUGGAACGAUUUGUACCAAAAGACCUUACAUGAGAAGGAUAGCCAGCUCCUCGAGCAAGGUUUCAUGAUCAAAAGAUUCCUGGAGGACAUGAGAUUGAAAGAUAAAGAGGUGAACGAAGUACGAGUGACCAAGUCGAGACUGGAAAGGACGCUGAAUGAAUAUUCUGUUGCUGCUGCUGCACAGCAAAGGCAGCUGUUUGUCAUGAGCGCAAGCAAUGCAGAGCUCAGCGAGACCGCAGAGCUCAUGACGGUGCAGGUGAAGGAACUCAGCGCUCAGGUGGAGAGAAUAGAACAAGAUAAAAACACGCUGAGCCGACAGCUCGCCGACAAAGAAGACACGAUUUCCCAAAUGCAGCUUCAUCUCCAGCAAAUAGAGAAGAUCAGUGCUGACACGGAUGCUCAGCUUCUCCUUCUGCAGUCGCAGAACGACAAAACUCAAGCUGACUUUGAGAAGCAGGAGGGAAUUUCUCUGCAGCUCAAAACACUCCUUCAGAGCAAAGACGCCGAGAUCUCAUCUUUGCUGUCCUGCAGGGACGGACAGAUGUCAGGAUACCUGGAGCAGCUCCAGGCUAACUAUCGCACCCAGGUGUCCGUUUAUGAGGACAGGUUAACAUCUGUACGCUACCAAAGGGAAAAGGCUGACAAAGAGCUGAGAGGGCUCGAGACUAAAGUUAAAAGUCUGCAAAUUCAAGCAAACAGAUCUGUCCAGGAAAAGGAGCAGAUGGCAGCUAAGAUGGAGUCAUUCAAGAACUCCAUGGUGUCUUUACAAAGCGAACGGGAGCGACUGAUGUCAGAAUACAGAAUACUGGAAGCAAAGAGCCAGUUGGGCUUAAAGGGGAAAGAGGGCUCCGCUGACGGGGAAGGCGGUGCAGCCAGAGGCCUUAAACACGAAAUAAGGAAGCUGCUACAUCAAAUGGAUGAUCUCAACUCAGAGAACGCGAUGCUCAGGGCUCAGCUGGUUCGCUACAGAGAGGAUUUAAAUCAGGUUUUAUCCCUCAAGGACAACCAGUUGAAGGUGCUGCUGAAGAAGCAGCAGGAUGUCAUUAAAAACCUCGAAACCCAAAAGGCUGCAGCUGGGAAGCAGCACAGAGAGGCUCGGCUGGAGCUGCAAAAGGAAGAAGAGGCCAGCAGCACAUUAAAGGCGGAGAACUCUAAACUCAAAGCUCAGAUUUCAAAUCUGGAAGCUGAAAUAUCGACUCAGAAGAAGGAAAGAGCUUCAACAAAUGAGGGCAGAGUGAUCACAGACUUGCAGGAAGCCGUGGCGGCCAAAGCAGCCGAAUGCAACGACCUGCAGCAGAAGCUCCUUUCUCUGAAAAUGUCAGCUGAUGAGCUCAAGGACAAAAUGCAGCUGCUGGAAAAUGAAACGGACAAGAAGCUAGCGGAGGCCGAGGACAAAUACAACGGUGAGCUGGACGCCUUUGAGCGUGAGGUGGAGCUGAUGAGGAACGAGCGAGAGACGGCGGAUCAGAGGGUGGCAGAACUCGCCAAAGAAAUACUGGAGAUGGAGCAACGGUUAUCAGAGGCUCAAUCGCAGAACAAAGACUUGAAGGCUCAGAAUGAAUCCCUGUGCAAAGCCAUGGCCGCCCUGCAGAACGACCGAGACCAGCUCAUCGAGGACUUCAAGAUCCUCAGGAACAGAUACGACGAAGAGCUCAGAGAGACUCAGGCAGCCUUGAACAAGAUGGAGCGCAGCCUGCAGGACUCCACCUCGGACUUGGCCAUGUUUGCCAAAGAGAGGGACAUCCUUGUUCAUAAGCUGAAAGCUGUAGAGAGCAAAGACGUAAACAUUGAGCUGAACAAGCUGCUGGAUGAGCUGUCGAAGGCCUUGUCAGAGAAGGAAAAAGAACUGAAACAGGUCAGUCUGGAAAAUAGCACGUACAGCAGGCAGCUGUCGGCGUUCUCCAAAUCCAUGGCCAGCCUGCAAAACGACCGCGACAGGCUGAUGGACGAGCUGGUCGGAGCCAAAAGGGUGUUUGAGUCCAGGCUGGGGUCGAGCCCCGAGGCUGCCGUUGGCGCAAAUGUGGAAAACUCAAAAGGAAGUGACGUCCAGAAUGAGAAGGACGGUUUGGUGACGAAGCAGAAGAUGGACGGACUACAGCAAACGGUUCACACAGAAGGCAGCAGCUACCAGGAAGAAACAGCACAUCUGAGGUCUGACACUGAGAAGAAAGAGCCACUGCCAGUCAAGCAGGAAACAGUUGCUCUGGCAGGUCAGAGUGGACUGGAGGACUUGGUGGGUCGGCUGGAGGCAGAGAGGCUGCAGCUUCACAGGAAUCUGCAGCGCUGCAUGUAUGAGAUCCAACAACGAGACCAGUACUUCCAACAACUCAAUGCCAAGCUGCAGCAGUCAGUGGAGGAGAAAGGGGCUGUUGCAGCUCAGCUGAGGGCCGUUUCUCAAACCCUGAGGGACACCCAGAACCGCUGCCACUGGCUGGAAACCCAGGUCCAGAGCCAGGCACAGCAGGGUUUGGUAAACGCUGAGGUUGCUCCAGGAGCCCCACAGGAGAAGAGCAACGACUCCAUGGUGACCGAAACUGCUGAAGCCAGUCAGCUCAGAGAAAGGCUGCUGGAGGUGGAGCUCAGUCUGGCUGAUGAGAGGUCCAGGAGGGAGGUUGCUGAGGAGGCUCUGCGUCUCGCUGAGGACCGAGCAAAGAGUGUUGCCUCCAGUUUGUCUAGAGAUGGUCAGAGGGACUUCAGUAUCGAGAUGGAAACAGAGGAGGAGUGGGAAGCUCUCAGUCUCAACCCGAAUCAGCCUCUGAUAACACGAAAGGUGAAAGGUGGGAUGGUGGCGUGUCGGCGGUGGCUCAGAGGCAGAAGCCUUUACUUCUCCAGGCUGCUGACGAGUCGCGCUCGCUCUCGAUAUUUCUUCCUGGCUUACCUGCUCACGAUCCACAUCCUCGUCCUCAUGUGCCUCACCGGUGCCCUGUAGCAGCGUCGCUCUGGGAAACAACACAGACAGGCCCACGAUUAAAACUGACAGCUGAAAGACAGUUUGUUUUCAGCGAGUACAGCAUUUUUAUAUGCUAGCAUGCAUGGUAACACACUACAACGACACACGUACAGUACUUUAAGAUGUUGAGUCUUAGCUAACCUGGUUAUUCUUGCCCAGUAAAUCAAUAGUAUUUUCAUCUUAAAGUUAUCUGCACAUGUUCUGCAAUGUGAGACAAUAUAACAUUUAUCAGUUCAUUUCCUGGUGUCGUUGUUGACAACAUGGAAAGUUAAAGAUGUCAGCUUUUAGAAGCCACUUCUGUUUCAUGAACUCUUGGCUUUAAUGGAAUUUUGUCAAGCAUCUCCAACCUAGAUUCAGGUUUUGUUCGAGGAGCUUAAAUGACAUGUUCUUUUGUUUUCUGAAAUCUUGUAGGUACACCCAGCCUUAAAGCAUGACUCUGCCCUUCUUUCAAGGUGCAUUCCUUGAUUACUUCACCUUGUUGCCAACAGUUUUUUGUUUUAAAAUCCACAUUAGAAAGGAGAAUAGAAAGCCCGAAGCAGGAGUUGACUGAAGCCCGAAGACAACCUAAAUUCAAAACAGCCUAAGAAGGUGCAGAAAGCCAUAUCCAUUCUUGGUUAUUGUUACCGUCUGAAUCUUGUUUUAAAUCUCCUCUCCUUGUCGGUGACACACCCGAAACCCAAACGUCGACACCAGCUGCUGCUUCUCUUGCCUGCCUGACGUCAUAAGUUGCACAUAAUCGUAAUGCUGAGUUUAAACUAUGCACUGAAACUCCAAAUGUGUAUAUACUCAUCUCGAAGCACUACACCUCUCCCUCCCUGUUCCCUUUAAACCCUAAAGCCAAAGGUGUCUGUAUUUUUGGCAGUUUGAGAGAGUACCCAUGCCCCCUCAAAGUUACUGGGAGACAGUGGGUUAAAAAAAUAUCCUUAAUUUAACUUCGGUAUCUUGGUGUGCCAUUGAAAACGUGCUGCGGUUAACGCUGCAGAUAUGAAAGUACAUACUGUUUGUAUUUAAGAGUUUCCUGUAUUUAUGUGCAUCCACAGAAGGUACGCUGUACAGUAUCUGUUAUGUAUGUAUAUAUGCAUUUCUAUCCUCUCUGCCUGACUGUACAUUUGUUCUUCGUUGUUUUGAAAACAGAGUCGAUUAGAUGAAAUAAGAUCAACGAACCAGACAGGAAUGAGGCUAAAAAUGCCUCCUGUCUUCUUCAUUGAUCCAGUUGCUGAUUGCUGUUAUGAUGUGUACAUAAAAGUGUGAUCCAUAGACGGAACAAUGAACCGAAUCUAUUUAUGAGAAGAAGAAAAAAAAAAACAAAGGUUAACUACUGAAAAAUGUUCAGAUGGCAUAUUUUCUCUACUGCCUCUAUUUUUAAGAGUUAGCGAUGCAGUCGGCCUUUUGACGACACGAGGCUGAACUCGGUGCAAUACUGUGUCAGAGGUGAACUUUUUCAGAUCACCCUUCACCAUCUCGAACGAAGUUUAAUAAAGCUUCUUGAAGAUUUCUUCACUCUA